CUAUUCACACUGGUUUCUUUCUCUCCGCACCAUCUCCUCCUCCUCCUCCUCCUCCUCCGGACUCAGUCGCUCGUACCCCCGGUAGGUAGGUGUGUAGGUGGGUAGUUUAGCUGCAGCAGUCGGUCUGUCAGAGAGAAGCUCGGCUCUGAUUCCUCGUCUCAUCCCGGCCAGGACAGCGCAGACAGCGGAGACGCCUCUUCCCGUGCGAUAUCCCCGAAUUUACAUUCACAAUAACCACAAGGAAACAAGUGAGCAAAGCAUCAUCAGACUACAAACACCCCCUGUUGGACAGAAGCACGGCACUGUAACAAACAGCAAUAAAAAAAGGACGACCACUGGGUGACUGGCUGACACACAGAUUAGCACUUUGAUCUGCCGGGGCUUCAGAUAAAUGGCUGACAAGCAAAUCAGUUUGCCUGCCAAAUUGAUCAAUGGGGGGAUCGCUGGCCUGAUUGGAGUGACCUGUGUGUUUCCCAUUGACCUGGCCAAGACUCGCUUGCAAAACCAGCAAAAUGGAUCUCGCCUCUACACCAGCAUGUCAGACUGCCUUAUUAAGACCAUCCGGUCAGAGGGGUAUUUUGGGAUGUAUCGAGGAGCGGCGGUGAACUUAACACUAGUCACGCCAGAGAAGGCCAUCAAAUUGGCUGCUAACGACUUCUUCAGGCAGCACCUCUCUAAGGAUGGAAAACUAACUCUAUUCAAGGAGAUGCUGGCUGGAUGUGGGGCAGGUACAUGCCAGGUUAUUGUCACAACUCCUAUGGAGAUGUUGAAAAUCCAGCUCCAAGAUGCUGGACGAAUUGCUGCUCAGCGGAAACUGAUGCCAGAGACGGUGGCAGCAGGUACUGUCGAGACCAAGUCACCAACAGCCAUACAGCUAACAAGAGAACUGCUGAGGGAAAAGGGCAUAGCUGGGCUGUAUAAGGGUCUUGGUGCGACAUUGCUCAGGGAUGUCCCUUUCUCCAUCAUCUAUUUCCCACUUUUUGCCAACUUGAAUAACCUGGGCAAAAGAGGUGCAGAUGGCCCCGCUCCUUUCUAUGUGUCAUUUUUAUCAGGCUGCCUUGCGGGGAGCACAGCGGCAGUUGCCGUCAACCCUGUCGAUGUGAUAAAGACUCGCCUGCAGUCCCUGAACAGAGGAAGCACAGAGGAAACGUACAGCGGAGUGACAGACUGCAUCAGGAAAAUCCUCCAUAAUGAGGGUCCGUCAGCCUUCCUGAAGGGAGCCUACUGUCGAGCCCUGGUCAUCGCACCUCUGUUCGGCAUUGCCCAGGUGGUCUACUUCCUGGGUGUGGGUGAAUUUAUACUCAGCUUCUUGCCUAAAAAAGACAACUAAGAAGCACUUCCUUUCUGCCUUUCCCUCCCAUAAUGCAUCACACCAAUUGCGUGAGGAAUCAACUCGGUCUGAAAUAAGUUUUUUCAAUGGGUCAAAGCAUGACCAAUCAGUUCAUUGUGUUUUCAAUUUUUUUUGUGUUGAAUGUUGAAAUAAUUUAGGAGAGAGCAUUAGUUUGCCAAGCUGCCUGUGGUGGCACCCACAAUUCCAGUAGGCAGUGCUCCACCAGCUCCCUGGAAAUGAAGCCACAAAUAUCAGUAGAAGAUUUAAUGGAACAUUGCUUUAUAAUUAAGACAUUUUAUUGCUCUUUUUGAAUAUGAUUGUUGAAUUUUCAGAGGAGAUGUGCUGCCCUUGGUUGCUGCAGCUGUUAAAUCCCUGCAGUAUUUUUUCCCCAAACAUUAGCCUCUGAAUCACAGCAAAGACCAUAGUGAUCUAUUGAAAAUGUCACUCAUAUCUAACUAAAUGACAAUUCUUGAAACCAUUAGCUUUGCAGGAAAUCUGCUAAAAUGCUAUUUAAUAUUCUUCUCAGAUUUUAAGUCUUAAUAGAACAUAGUAUACUUAGGGGUAGAGCAAAAAUAUAUGCCUCCAUCUCCAAAGACCCAGGGAAUGUGUUAAUGCGAUAACAGCACCUAUGAUCUUUCCUGAGAAGCCACAUCCCUUCCUGUAAAUGGCUGCAAUGAACUGAGUCAUUCAGCUCCAAGCAGACUGCCUUGGCUUUUUAAGUAGAUCAGGUUCCAUCUGAUAGUUAGUGCUACCAUAAUGGUUCGACUGUUUCUGCCUUUGUAAAAGAAAGCUCUGUCCUGGUCACACACUGGACUGAAGAGACGGCAUUAUUAUGCACCAACUGUCUGCAUGCUAACAUUGUUAGACAUCGACACAGAAUCACCAAAAAAAAGUACCAUCUAUGUUGUUUUUUUCUGAGGACUGAAACCUACGAGCAUGAUCUACUUGAGGCCAAACCCCAAUCAGUGAUGUCACAGCAGGUGGGGGGGUUUCGCCUUUGUGGAAUUAUGGAAAACACCUGCUGUCACAUCACUGAUUGGAUUGUGGCCAAAAGAGUGGCCUGCUAUAAAACCAUCAAUCCACGGUUUCAGAGCAGCUGCGUUUUUUUCCUCUCUGUGAUUCACUGUGAAUACAAAUGAAAGAAUUAGUUGCAAAAACUAAAUGGCUUGAUAGUAAUUUUAACAGAAAAGCCAGAUUAUUAGUAGAAGUUCAGUAAUGAUGCUGAUUAAAGGCUGGACAUCUCCUGCUGAGGCCUCAUGAGUACAGUCACCUAUUGUGGAAGCCACUAACACUUUAGAUCCAGACAUAAUUAUUAUUGUUGUUUACAGAUGAGUUAAAACUGAAAUUUAAAUUCUUUAUUCCAAACUUGAACUCAGUGGCAGGACCCCAAAGAUCAAAUGAUUCUAUAUCAGAAAGUCGGACCAAUGUUGAUUUCAUUGUUUUUACCAAACAUCUCUGCUUGUUUGCUGUAGAGGUUUUCUUUGCUUUAAGCUGCUGGGGAAAGCAGCCCUGUUGCGUCUUGUUUAUGCACCACCACACUAAAGCCCUGCCAUUGGUUUAUCUUGCCGGAGAUCAAGGUGACUUUGAGAUGUAUUGUCCAAUCACAUUCCUUCCUCGCUCCCACUGUUCAAGCAGCUCUUCAACUUGUACUGUUGCACUGUAGACGUGUGAUGCAACUUCUUCAGUGCAAUAUCAUUUUGUGGGAGUGAGACCUAUUUAUCAAUAUUCCUUUAUAUAGGUGGUAUAGCCCUAUAUACGGUGUAUGUAUGUGUUGUUUUUUUCUGUGUCAAAGUGUCCACCUUAACUAUAUUGUACAUAUGCAGAUGAUAUGAACUUUUAUGUUUUAUGUUUUAUUUGUUUGUUUUGUAUGUGAUGGCUUAUUUGCACACCUACCUCUCCAGCUCCCCCCUCGAUCCAUAUUGUGGUGAUUUUGUGUUAUGAUGAUGUGGACAUAUCAAAUGAAGGAAUCUUAUAUUGCAGUAAACAACGUAUGAACUUAAAUGCAGCACAUUAAUGAAGGUUUAUUAUUGUAUGCAGAGGGGAACACUAGUGUAGAUCUAACAUGGUGUUGAGGAGGUGCCCUUCAGUCUGUCGCUCAGCUUAUCGCCCUGUUUCCUGCUGUUUUAUUAACAAGGACCAAAUAAAGCAUCAUCAUAUAAUGAUGAUAGAAAUGUAGUUAGUUUUAAGUGAAUGACCUAUGGCACUACUGCAAACAGUUCUGGAAAUAAAAUAAAUUCAGUUAGAAGGGACCAGCUGACAUCAGACUGUAAAUCCAUCUUUCUGAAGGGUGCUUCUUUAACGAUGUAGCUGCAACACGACAGUGGCGGCACUAGCGACCAAGUCUGCGCCGACUGAAUCAUAUGCUAGUAAAUCUCAGCGUUAUCAGUGUCUUAAGUGAAAGUUAUAGGUCAGGUCAUCGACUGGCACCUCCAGCGAUGUUGACAGAAGACGAGCAGAGCCACAGGAAAAAGAACAAGACCUGCCUGUUCACGUGAGCUCGUCUUUAUGAAUGACUGUUCUUGUGAUUUUCUCGACAUUGCGAUUGCCAGUUCAUCUCAUAUAUGCUGUUAUUGUGAUCAUAAUGCCUAUUUAUGUGUUGUUGAGAUGAUUGUAAUGAUUUUGACCCCCCAACCCCCACCUAAAACCCUCCCAGAUUUUUUUUGAUCUGUUUUUGGUUGAAUCUUGAAAAUGUCGUGCAAGUCAUUUUGUUUUACUCAGCUGUGAAUUUUCUCUGACCUUGAUCUUGAUUUGUUUUCGUCCAUGCGUGCGUGCGUGUGUGUGUCUGACUGUGUAGUGCUGUAGUUGAUGUGUAGUUCUUAGUGUGACACUGCGGUAUUUUUCUCUUCGAUUGUCAGACCCAUGCCUCUCCCCCUCGUUCCUUCUACCUGUCACAAGCACCUCUGCCUCCUAGCACCCACAGCCAGGGUGCAGGUUAAACGCAGAGGAGCUCUGAACACCAAAUGUAUGACACAGAGUGUAUACAAUCAAAGAAAGCACAAAGGAUUAUUAGGCACAAGAGACCACACGGCCAACUUUAAAUACUAAGACUAAAGUCCCUUGAAAACUAUGUGCUGCUUUUGCAGAUCAGAGUCGGAUUUAUUUCAGGAGAGGUUGAAUGAGUUUCAAGUCUUGUAAGAAAGUUUCUGUGUGUAACACUUGUUCCAUAGGGCUGAGACAGCAGGUCAUGAUAAGAGACCCAUGUGAUGGUGUCCACUAUGUUAGCCAUCAGCAGUUAGUGACAAAAUGUAUAUUGCCUACAUAAUCUAAAUGAAUCAGAUAUAAGAAUGUAACUUAGAUAUUAUAAGAUGUAUUAUAAUUAUAGUGAAGAGUUUAUUACAUUUUAAUCUAAAGAUUUGUGCUUUACACGUUCACUGAAAAAUCUAUGAACCAGCUCACUGAUAUGCAAUAAGUAGAAGCCACACACAGAUGGACACUAGAAAAAAAUUCAAUAAACUGAAAAAAACAACACCUCACUGAACACAACCUGUCAAUCACGACAUCACACAAUGUAUGAAUAAUGCAACCGGGACCUUGGAGGCGAUCUGGGGUCUGAGCCUCUGUUCUCUUCCUCCAAGAGGAACUGUGCAUUACAGCACUUUAAAACCAAGGACCCCACUGUCCAUCUACAGAGAGUCGCUCUACGACACGGAGGGUGUUUAUGAAUAUAUGUGGUGAAUGACACAGUUGUCCUAGACAUUGUUUACAAGGAAAAAUGCAAUGAAAAAAAAUUCUGUUCCCUGUCACAAUUUGUUGUUCAAUAAAUGGACUGUC